UAAGUCCCAUAAUGUUUAUUUUUUAAUUUACUUGAAACAUCAUGCUAAUAUUAUUUUACAGUCGGGCAAACGCACGGGCAUCUAUUACUACGUGCAUUUGUGAUGGCGGAUAAACUUGUUGAUGUUGAGUUGGCAGUUUGGCAUAAGCGUAAAUUACUUUUACUGUCCUCAGUGAUUUCUUUUAAGAGCUAACUUUGCCUGCGCGUUAUAUAAUUAUUUUUUGUCAUUUCAACUCGCUGUUAAAGGCCACUAGUUUGCUGGCGGUCCCGUUUUGUGUUUGUACGGUUGCCACGCCGCAGCUGUGCAGCACCAGCAGCAAUCAGGGUUCACUUCAGUCCACGUUAGCGAGACAGCUCAAACAUCUCGGGCUGCACUCUGAUCGACCUGAAGAGUUUUCUACUGGCUUUUGAAUUUUUAUAUAUAUUAUCAGGCGUGCUGGAGGAACAGAUGAAGCUGCUGUCAUGACAAUGAGGAGAGUGAACGUAAUAAUCCUUUUGCUGCUGGCUGUCGCCUUCCUGAUUAUAGUUCAACGUAAUCUCCUUAACCUCAGUGACAUUUUACACAAGGAAAACCCAGAUGCUGGGAUGAUUCUCCCCUUUGAAUCUGAGUUAUCUCCGGACCUCAAAGUAGAGUCAGUGAGGAAAGGAGAGGAGAUCCCUGUCCUCAUCACUGCUGCUGGGGAAAGGCUCGGAGCUGUGGUUGCUGCCAUGAACAGCAUCUACCAGAACAGCAAAGCCAAUGUCGUCUUCACUAUAGUGACCUUGAAUGACACUGUGGAUCACCUCAAAGUGUGGCUAAGCAAGACGCGGCUAAAAAAAAUAAAAUAUAAAAUUGUUAUUUUCAAGCCGGAACUCCUCAAUGGGAAGAUAUCGAAAGAACCUGAGACGCUGGAAGCUGCUAAACCGUUGACUUUUGCCAGAUUUUAUCUACCUGUAUACAUACCUGAGGCAGAGAAAGCUAUCUAUUUGGAUGACGAUGUCAUUGUACAAGGGGACAUUCAGGACCUUUAUGAAACCAACCUCAAACCAGGCCAUGCAGCUGCCUUUUCUGAUGACUGUGAUUCAGCAUCUGCUAAGGGCAUCAUUCGAGGGGCUGGAAAUCAGAAUAACUAUAUAGGUUUCCUGGACUUUAAGAAGGAUGCUAUAAAGAAGCUGGGGAUGAGGGCCAACACAUGCUCCUUCAACCCGGGGGUCAUCAUCGCCAACCUGACUGAGUGGAGGAGCCAGAACAUCACCCGGCAGCUGGAGAACUGGAUGGAACUUAACACAAAGGAGGACCUGUACAGUAAGACACUAGCAGAGAGUAUCACCACUCCCCCACUUCUGAUUGUUUUUUACAAACGUCACUCUACGAUCGACCCAAUGUGGCACGUCAGGCAUCUUGGCAUGACAGGUGCUGGAAACCGCUACUCUUACCAGUUUGUGAAAGCUGCCAAACUCCUCCACUGGAAUGGACACUACAAGCCCUGGGGGAGAACAUCCUCCUUUUCUGACGUGUGGGACAAGUGGUUCAUUCCAGACCCCACAGGGAAAUUUAAUCCUGUGCGAAAACACGCAGAGGACAACUAGAAAAAAUUGAUUUCAGGAACUUUUGAGCAGCCAAGCCCGCCCUGUCCCAGCAGGACCACGCCUUGCGAUAUCUCAGGAACUCUGUAAGGACUUUCACUUGCCAGCUUUGUAUUGAAUUCCACCAUCCUUCGAACAUAUAGACCUGUAUACUCUCACAUUCCCUUCGAACGCACCGUUUUGUUUUCAUAACCAACGCAUCUUAUUUUUGCUUCGAGUGCUUUCUUCAGUCCAGAAACUCGGUGCUCCUGAGAUUGCUUUGACCCACACUACUCUGACUGUUUUUCUACCGAUGAUAGGAGCAGUUUUGGAAAAUAUGACCUCGAUAGACUUGUACGCAUCAAUCCCAGUUAACAGUAAUGAACUUGUUACAAUGUACUAAAACAUAAAAACUGAAGCCAUGGUCAGACUGUUGAAGGUUUAAGUAUGUUAACAUGCAGACUAAUACUGACUAGUUUACUUUGAGUCCAUAGUUACCUCAGCUAUAGUGGUACAGCACACAGUUUGUAACUAGUUAAUGUGUUCCUCUCAGUUAUCAUGUCAGUCGUAAUUGUAACAUUAGCCAUGCAGAUGCCUCGUCAUUACCUCAAUUCAGUACUUCCUGUGGAAAAGUGGUGUUUUAUACUUAAUUGCACAAACUUUUUAAAAACCAGAUCUUUAUAGCCGCAGUCUGUGUGUUUAAGUGUAUAUUUUACACCACAAACAGAUCGAAAAUGCUAUUUAACUCCCCCUUCCUCUAUAAUACUAUUAUUCUUAAUGACAUUAAGACUAAAGCUAAUGGUGUGCUGCUGUUCUGAUUGCGCCUCUCAGUUAAUACUGCCAUAAAUGAACAUUGAGUACUGUUCUGCCUCUCAUGCUGAAAUAUUAAGGAUAGUGGGCUUUUCAUUACUUAAUGCAGACCACUAAGCAAACUGCACCUCUGCAGAGGUUGAAUUUAAUGUUUGCACAAUAUUCUCAUGCUUUAUAUUCCCUCAGUCAGGAUUUUAUACAUGCUGAAAAGCAUUUGCCUUGCUGGUGUAAAUAUUUGUCAUCCUUUGUAUAGUACGUGAAAUAAAACUUACAUUUUUAUCAUUUAAA